AUGGCUCCGCAGUGUUUCCAGAAUGAAUAUUUGGAUGGUUUGCUUCAUGCUUGCAAACCUUGUCACCUUCGGUGUUCUCAUACCCCUCCUCUAGUCUGUCAGCAUUACUGUAAUACAAAUCUGACUAAUUCUGCGAAAGGAACACAUGUGAUUCUCUGGACCUGUGUGGGCCUGUGCUUGGCAGUUUCUCUGGCUUUUUUCCUGAUGAUGUACUUGCUAAAGAAGAUGAGUGCGGAACUAUUAAAGGACAAAUUUAAAAACACAGGACCAGUUCUCCAGGAUGUGGCUGAUAUUGACCGGAACAGCAGUAUGACAGGUGUUGAAAGUGCCCUUCCGAGAGGACUGGGGUACACCGUAGAAGAAUGCACCUGUGAAGACUGCGUCAGUUGCAAACAAAAGAUCGAUUCCGACCAUUUGUUCCCUCUUCCAGCUAUGGAGGAAGGUGCCACUAUUCUUGUUACCACAAAAACAAGUGACCACAGCAUCAGCCUGCCAGACUUUAGAGGCUCUAGGGAGUUGUGGGGCGUGCGGCGCCAACCAGAGACAGUCCUCCCACAAGCCCCGAUUGCCCCAAGGCCCCGGGCCGGGAGUCCGUGUUUACAUUCCGGGUCAGGGGGCGGGGCCUUGGCAGCGGCACUGUAUUUCCGGGGCGGGGUGGGCGGGCCGAGCGGGCGCCGUCUCCUGGCCUGUCUGGAGCUCCGCGGCGGCAGUGUUGGAGGCGCGGGCACCGGCCUCGGGAGUGGCAUCAUGAGCGAUUGUCACUCGGCACAACCCAGUGACUUAUCUGAAGUGAUUCAUGCCAUCGUCAAAGGGAAGCGUCAUUGCAGAUUUGCAGACGUUUUCAUGAUCGCCUGCUCAGAGCUCUGUGUUAUAGACUGUCUGCUCCAGUGCCAGAUCCGCUUUGGAGGGAGAAAGGAGAUCGCCUCUGAUUCCGAUAGCAGCCUGGAGGCGCCCUGCUUGGAACCCGGUGAUUUGGAGACCACCUGUGUGGAGCCUGCUCAGCUCAAGGAUGUCCAGGUUCCCAUCAGGUUCUCCUCGUAG